CUUCAACUCAGGGAGAACUUAGCAUUGAGGCUGGAACCAUGGAACCAAAUUUUGGCUCGGUUGAAGCAUCUGAAAGGAUUGAUGGCGCUUCUGUCAUAAAACUGGAAAGUCCUAAGAAUCUAGCAGAAUUUAAAGAAGCAAGUAUUGAGUCUCGGGAAUGUAACUGCAUGUCUCGUGGUGUUGAAGCUGGUCAAGAAUUUAAUAAUGCUGGUAACAAAAGCUCCAAGUCUAUGAAAUCAGUGCACUCUAUUUCAAGUUUGACUUCUACCCAUGAACUUAAUGGUCAUGGAUUCAUGCCUGCUCUUGGUGAAAUGCUUAAGAUGUCGGGGACAAGAUGGAAAAGGCCCUUCAGAAGCACAGCCAUUCCAAAAAUUUUCCACAGUGCUGUUGGGCAGUGUGAUGGUGAGUCAUUAAACUUUUCUUCAAUAAUAAGAAUGAUUAAAGAUGAAAAAUUAAAUAGUUUUUGCUAAUCUUGUUAAUGAUAUGCAUACUUGUUAUUAUCAAGCAAU